AUCAUUAGUAUAAUAUUUUCAAUAGAAUUUUAAAAAAUAAUAGAGCAAAUAUGCAGUCUUUUCAAUCCAAUCUGUCAUGAGAUGAUCCCCUGAAGUAUCCAGUUAUCACUUCUUAGACAUAGAGCUAAAUUAUAUAUAAGUGACAACAGAAAAUUAGUGAUAAAGAAUGUGAUUUAAUCAGUGUUAGGUCGAAAUAGUACUACACAUGCUAAUACUUAAUGCUACAUUGGAAUCUUAAGUUUUAAUAUUUUCAUUUAAGAAUUUUUGAAAAAAAUACGAAAUUCCGUACCGGACAAUAUUUUGAGAUUUUUAUAUAAUGUUAUUAUUUUAAACUAAAAAUAUAUUCAUAUCUCAAAACUAGAUAGUUUUCAUUUUGAAUAUUUUUCUUUAUUUUGUCUCCUUUCAGAACAAAACGCAAAAUUUUAAGUAUUUCUAAAAUUCUAUAACGGAUAGUAUUUUCGGUGUAACUUCCACGAAUUUCAUGCAAACAUUCAAACAUAUUUCAAUUAAGGAUAGUUUAUGUGAGUAUCGACUUAUAGUAGAAAAAACAAAGCAUUUACUUUGAUAACAAAGAAGAAAUGGAUUAAUGAUUCUCAAAGACUUUGUAGAUUUUAUCUUUCACUGAGUUAUGUCUUACUUGAAACCUUUCAAUCUUAACAGUCCGACUGAAAAAUCGAUAUAGAAUGAAUGAAUUCUGGUUCGAUAAUUCUUCAAAAAUAAAUAACCUAUUGAGAAUAUAGCAAAAAUUUUCAAUCUCUCGAAUUUAAUAGUGAAAGAGUCCUUGUUUAUUUUCCUUCACAGUUCGAUAUUGUUGAUUUAAACAAAAAGACUAUAUAAUAUUAAACAAAAAAAAUGUUUGAUAGUAUUUUCAAUAAACUCUAUAAUUUACCCUUAUAGAACUCGGCGGAAUACCAAAAUUAAUCCAUUGUAAUCAUGAUGAAUUAGAAGAUAGUUUGAAUAUAACAACAAAAUUAUGGAUUCUAACGGAAACAAUUCAAGGUAUCACACUUGCUGAAUAUUUUGCAAAAAAGGAACGUACAUUUUCUGACAUAAUUCAUAUAAUAUUACUACUAAUCGAUUUAGUAAAAGAAAUUCAUAAUAAAAACAUUGUUCAUCGAAAUUUAACACCAAAAAAUAUUUUUAUUCAUAAUUCGAAUUCAAUCGAUGGUGUUAAACUUCAUUUGACAUUAAUCGAUUUUGAUCUUGCACAUAUCAAUGAAAAACAUCUUGAUAAAACAAAUCCGAAUAUUUGGUCUCGUGAUAAUAAACAAAUGAAAAAUGAUUUCUAUGAAGUACCACAAUUCGAAGUAGAAGUAUUAAAUAACAAUGACAUUGAUUAUGAAAUCCAACAAGUUGAUUCGGCAAGACAAAGUACACUGAUUGAUACAACUUUAAUUUGCGCUUUGCUGUUUUGGAUGAUUACAUUGAAAGAACCAAAACAUUCACGUGAUCUAAAUGGUAAAGCACCACAUGAAACCGAUCAAUCUAUUAAAUUGAUUGAACAUAUACUCGAAAAAGUAGCUAAUCGAAAUUCAGGAAAAUUUCAUUCACUACGUAGACACUUGACAUUAAUAUUUGAUCGUGGAUUUGGAAAGUCUCAACAACAAUGGCCAAUAAAUCAACUUGAAGGUCAAAUUUUGUUAAUUUGUGAGUUAAUCACCAGUAUGAAACAUCAAGAUGACAGUUCACAAAUGUUACCGACAAUACCAAUACCAUCCAGCGAACCAUUAUUCAUUCGUUUAGCAUCAUUUAUCAAUCGAGUCAAGCAUUCUUUUGUUCAUUGUUGUACUUAUUUUGAUUCUAUUUGUUGGUCAUCCAAUGAAAAUAAUCGAUGGUCAGGUAAUAAUCAAAUAAUUGAUAAUUAUGACAUUCUUAUCAUCGGAGAACGUCGAUUGCCAAUCAAAUUUCAAAUUAUUCGAUAUGAAAAUAUAGAUAUGCUUAAAUUAAAUGUUGAAAUCAAAAACGAUGAUAUGACUAUUAUUGAAUUACCAUGUGGUUACUGGAAAGAAGAUGAUAUUGAAAAUCAAUACGAAACUAUAACAAAUACAUUUAUCUUGGAAUUUAUAAAUUUUUAUAAUACAUUUAUAGAAGAAUAA